GGCGGCGGAACGAGUGUCUGGCCCGCCCCCUGGCCAGGCCGCCGCGCAGACAUUGCUACGGGGCGGGUGGCUCCCGGGGCAGCGCCGCAGCCCCAGGCUCCCGCCCCCGCGGCUGGACGAGGCCCUCCCCCAGAGCGGCGGGAGCCUGGAGGUGGGAACGGGAACGGGAACGGGAGCCCGGGGCUCUGAUGUCACCGCGUGGCCGCCCAGGAGCGUGUCUCGGGCCGGAGCCUCAGGUGUCGGGCUCCGCGCCCAGUCUGGUCCUCCUGAGUCGAUCCGGCCCUGCGCGCCGUUGCUGCUCGCCGAGGUGUAGGGAAGAGACCGGCCCACCGAACUGCGGGAGUUAUUGGAGGAGCGCUUGUUGUGGCCAAAGCACGCAGAAAGAGCGAGAAGUGAGCCGGUCAGCGGCCAUCCGUUCUCCCGGCGUCCCUGGGGCUCCGUGCUCCCGCCACUCCGCGUAACUCUGCAGCCCCCUGCGGUCCCCAGGCCCUGGGCCUCCUCCCUCGCGCGCCUCGACUCCCAGAGCUGGAACCCCCAGGUACGUGGUCUGUCCGCGCCGGCUUCUCUCCAAGGUGUAGCAAGCAUCCCGCAUUUGCGUGCACGGUCCUGAGUGAGGCUCUCUGGAGACGCCGCGUUUGGACUGGAGCAAUUCAUGAGCCCAGUAAGCCACGGCCCAGAGCGCGGGGAAAUUGAUCCUGGUUGCAGUGAUUCCAGGCAGGGCUCUGCCAUUUACCAGCUUUGUGACCCUGGGCACAUCAUUCUAACCUCCACCCCCUUCAAGAGCAUCCGUGUUCUCAUCCGUAAAACGGAGAUAUCAGUUGAGAGGAUCAAGGACCCACAAAGCCAACUAGCCUCAGCACCCACCACCUCAGCCAUGAAGGCCCUGGGUUCUGGUGGUAACCGCACAUCCCCAGCCUCAUCCACUCACAGCCUUGACCUGCGGCGGCUGUCGACACGCGCUGACUCUGCCUAUAGCUCUUUCUCCACGGUCUCCAACGGUCCUGAGCCUCACACACCAUCGCCCGGGACCGACGCCUCCCCUUACCUAGACUGGGACUAUGUGCGCGUGGUGUGGGGCGGCCCGGGCCCCGCGUCUGCCGCCGUCCACCGCACUUCCCCGCGGCCCUGGCCUGAGUCCACCGCCGGCAGUGGGCCGCGCCCACCAGACGUCCACGUGACUCCAGGGCCGCUCAGCAGACAGGCCACCCCGCUGCUGUACGCCCUGGCGGCCGAGGCCGCAGCACGGGCUGCCGAGCCGCUCAGCCCACCGGCCUCUAGGGCUGCCUACCGCCUGCGGCUACAGGGCGCGCAGCGGCGAGUGCUCCGGGAGACGUCCUUCCAGCGCAAGGAGCUCCGCAUGAGCCUGCCCGCUCGCCUGCGUUCUGCUGCACCGGCACGGCCAGCCGCGGUGCACCCGCGCUCCGCCUCACUCAGCCACCCGGGCGGGGAGGUGGAGGGGACACACUCCGGGCCUUCCACGCAAGGAAUCACCGGCCAGGGUCGCCUCGCUAACCAGCAGCUCAAGUGGUGCUUCUCGGAACCCGGGAAGCUGGAUCGCAUGGGUAGGGGCGCUGGGCCGGCUGGGGAAUGCUCCGGUGAGGCUUGCUUCAGCUCUGGCUUUUCCAGGUCCAAGCCCCAGGAGAUGCAGCAUCAGGCGCUGGCGGGGUUCAAAGGCCAUCAGAUAGGAUGGCGGCCCAGUAUCCAGCCCCCAGGCACAGCCAACCCAGACCCUGGGUCCUUGAAAGUUGGUGAGGCCUACAGGUCUGCCAGUCAGAGCUGGAGUGCUUCAGAUGAUGUCCUGGGCUCCUGGGGAGGUCCAGAAGGGACCAGAUCUAUUGUCCAGGCCAUUCCCCAAGUUGCAGAACCCUCCAGACCAUUUUGUCAGACCAAACUUUCCAGGUUCCUAACUCAGAAGGAGGCUGCAGUGGUGUGUCCUACAGAGGGCCCCCAGAGCAACCCUGCCACCUGUGAGAAGAGAGUCUCAGAAACCUGCAUUGUGCCUACCCGGCUCCCCUCCCUGCCUGAUGAUGAAGUUUUCCUGGAAGAAGACUCCUGUGCCUCUCAGGGGCUCCCAACCAGCACUUGUGCUUCUGACCAGCAUGGAUCUAACCUGGGCCACAGGACAGGUCGGGCUACAAUUCCCAUGGCGAACCCCCUCCAUGAGUGCCCAGAGACUGCAGGAGCAGAUGACUGCUGGCAGGGAGUGAACAGUUCUGUGGGUGUCUCCAGGCCCACAUGCCGCAACCUCCCUGGGGCUGCAAAUGGUGACAUCCCAACCAUGGAUGACCCCACUGGACAACUGAUCACUGACCCCCCUGCAACUACAGAGAGUGAUCCUCUCAAACCUCUCCCAAUUGAAGCCUUGGGACCUCCAAGCAAUGAUUCUCCAGGGCCCCCUAACCACACUGCCCUGGCCUGGGGCACUGGCCAGCCUGGUUCCAGGCCAACGUGGCCCAGUCAGCACCUCGAAGAGCUGGUUCAGGAGCUGGCCAGGCUAGAUCCCUCUCUGAGUGACACCCUUGUCCCCCACCCCAGCCCAGAGCCACACCUGGACCUGCUGGAUGGGCUGAUUCCAUUAGCUGAGGUCCGGGCUACAAUGGGGCCAGCCUUUGGGGGGGCUGGAAAGGAGGCUGCAGUUACUUCUGAGCCACGGUCCUGUCUACUCAGCUCCACCCAUCUUCUGCUAACAUCUCAGGAGGAGACAAGGUCUGAAAACCCUACCCCCUACACUAUGCCUGACCAGCCAAGUGGCCAGGGGUGCCCUGAGCCAAUCAAUAGCAUCCAGGCUAAGAAAAUGGAGCUAGCUGACCUUCUCCAAAAGAUGCUGUGGGAUCUUUAUGCAGAGCAGGAGCAGUUGCGGAAGAUGGCCCAGGUGUGGGCCAGGUGUGAGGAAGCUCUGGAGACCACUGUGGGCCAAGCCUGUGCACCCCGGGAGCUAGAGCGGUUCAGUCGGUUCAUGGCCGACUUGGAGCGAGUGCUUGGCCUCCUGUUGCUGCUGGGCAGCCGCCUGGCCCGCGUGCACCAGGCCCUGGCAUGGGCAGGCGCAGAUGGUGACCCCGAAGAACGGGCCUCUCUUCUCCAGCGACUCCGGCUCCUGCAGCGGCAGCAGGAGGAUGCCAAGGAGCUGAAGGAGCACGUGGCGCGGCGGGAGCGGGCUCUGCGCAAAGUGCUUGUGCGGGCACUACCAGCUGAGGGGUUGCGCACCUACUGCUCUCUGCUGGCUGGCAAGGCUGUGGUCCUGGCCCAGAAACGCAGCCUGGACGAUCGUGCCCGGCUCCUUCAGGACCAACUUGAUGCCGCAUUUGGCUUUAUGUCCCGAGUUGCCCUACAAGCAGAGAAGAUGAAUCACCACCCAGAAUGGUUCAAUGUGUACAACAAGGUCCAGAUAACUCUCACCUCACAUGACUGCAAUGGACUGACCAAAAGGGAUGUGAAACUGGCCCAGUUUAUUGAAAAAGCAGCUGCUUCUAUGUCGGAGCUCCUCUUUGUGUCCAUCUACGGCGCCGAGUUCUUCAUGAAGCUCUAUGUGGACCCCAUUCAUUACUGGAAAGGUGGCUACAACCUGCUGGAUGUCAUCAUACUUAUCAUUAUCUUCAUCCCCUACGCCCUCCGCAGGAUCAAGGGCAAGCGUUACCCAUACCUCAACAUUGCUGACGGCAUUCAGUCCCUGCGCAUCCUCAAGCUUAUCACCUACAGCCGUGGCAUGCGGACGCUCAUCACCACCGUGGGGCAGACAGCCUACACCGUGGCCUCUGUGCUCAUCCUGCUCUUCGUCCUGAUGUUCAUCUUCGCCAUCUUGGGCUUCUGUCUGUUUGGAGCCCCGGAGACGGGUGACCUGAAUAACUGGGGGAGCCUGGCUGUGGCCUUCUUCACCCUCUUCAGCUUGGCCACGGCUGAUGGCUGGACAUACCUGCAAGAGCAGCUGGACAAGCGGGAUUUUGCUCUGUGCCGGACAUUCACCAUCCUCUUCAUUCUGCUUGCUUCCUUCAUCUUCCUCAGCAUGUUUGUGGGUGUGAUGAUCACCCACACUAAGGUGAGGCUGUGCAUAUCAGGACCAGGGGCCAGUUAGGUAUGGCAGGCAGGACCAUGGGCCCAGUCCCAGGGACAACCUGAGCUGUGUCUCCCUCCUGAGAUGGAGGGGAGGUGGCCAGAUGAGCCCUUCCCUUACCCUAGCCCAACUCUUCUCUCUGAGCCAAUGCA